UGAUGGAGCACGGGCCAUGCUGCGUCUGCAGCUCGCACGGAGCAUGAGGAGUGAUGCAUGAGCGUCCCGCGGUAUGCCAUUCAAUACUUCUUGCUCGUCAUCUCAUUCCUCAUGCGAUUGGUGUCGAUAUCAUUGACCUUCCGACAGCAAAGGAUGAGGGCAGAAAACGCAGCCAGGGCAAGAUCAAGCAAGCUAGAAAGAUGAUAGCGAGCACAAAUAGGGACGUGAGACAGUGCGAUACAGGUCGAACUCUCCCAGCCGGACCAGGGCGCCCGCGCGCCCCUUUCAGACUUAGACAUACGAACAUCAGGCUCUGCAUGGUCCGGCUGCGAUAUAUCUUGCGAGACACCUUCAUUGGCGAGGUGCUCGGCGAACAGCAUGGCGUCGGGGUUAGGUUGAGCCUUGUUGGUCAGCGCUUCGUACGCAAAUUCGCCUUCUUCCGGCAAAAUUUGUUGGCGCUGAGUGGCGCUUCAGCCCACGACAGUGCUAUCUGGCCCAUCACGCUUUUAUGUUUCUCAAGUGUGCCAAGCAGCAGCACGGAGAAGAUGUGAAUCUCUGCUCAAUUUCUCACUACUUGAGCACCACGCACGGUUAGGACAAUGCAUUGCAUGCUGUUGCUCGUCACGGUGUCUUGGCGAGCACUUCCUGUGUGACCUGUUUGACGCGGUCGUCGCCUGUUGCAUUGAGCCACUUCUGCGCAGCAGCUUUGGCGCUGGCAGUCUUGCCAACAGGUAGCGAACCAGACGACUUCGAAACGAGCUGUGAA